AAGUUUAACAUUUAUCAAUUCCUCUGUUUAUGUUCUAUGAGCUCUUGUCAAAACAAAUGGUGUUUUGUUCUGUCUGUUGUCUGUAUCUGUUGUUGAACUCUUUGAGAAUAUAAACAAAAUUAAGUUUUUUGGAAUGGCAACUAUUUACGACUUGCCUGAUGAGAUACUUGAGUAUAUUUUAUCUUUAGUUUCACCUUACGAGGAUCUACAUUCUUGUAUGUCUGUCUCUAAGCAAUGGAGAAAAUAUGUAAGAAAUGUUGUCAAAAUCAGAAAGAGGAAUCUCAAUAAAUGUAUUGCCAAUUUCAAUGUUAACUGGAAUACUUAUGAGCCAUCUGAAAGCAAUAGAUGUAUCGGAAGGAGAUAUUCUCAUGCUGCUACAUUUCAUGAUAACUCUAUGUAUAUAUUUGGAGGAUGUACUUGCUCGAUGACUACUUUUAAUGACUUGUGGAAAUAUGACUUAUCAAAGAGAGAAUGGAUAAGGCCCCUUGCAACAGGAACCUACCCUUCUCCCAAAGCAUGCAGCUCUCUUGUGAAUUACAAUAAUACAUUGGUGCUAUUUGGAGGUUGGACUUAUCCUCCUUCUUAUCCCUUAUACCAAAGUUGUCAUCUUUUCAAUGAACUGCAUGUUUAUGAUAUACAAAAUAAUCACUGGAAUGCUGUUGAAACAUCACUCAAACCUCCACCUAUGGCUGGACAUUCCAUAUCAGUUUUAAAUAAUAAUAUGAUAGUAUUUGGGGGCCUUAUAAAAAGAGAGGAUAGUGUAGAAUGUGAAAAAUCAAAUGACGUAUGGAAAUUGAAUUUGAAUAAUUGGACUUGGGUCAAACAAGAUGUACAUGGCCGAAGAAAGCCAGAUUGCCGAUUUGGUCAAACUCAAAUAGUUUUAAAUGGUGAGAAUAUAUUGAUUCUUGGGGGUUCGGGAGGUACCCACAGUGAUUUUUGGGAUGCAUGGAUUCUGAAUAUGUCUAAUGAAAAUGAAUGGAAAUGGAUUCCUGUUGAGAUCAAGGGUAAAGCAAAUAAACCUAAGAAUAUUUGGAGCAAUCCUGGCUGUAAGGUGGAUGACAAAGUUGUAGUUCUCAAUAGAAUACAAACAGAUACAAUUUUUCCUUUGAAUACCUCCCGAAGCCAUCCUGAAUACAGUAAAGAUGGUCCAUCUACUAGUAAACAGCCUGAUUUAGAUGAUAAUGUUAAUGGUAAAUGGGGAACUUUGAGGUUUCCCAAUUCAAAUGAGCCACCUAUUCCUCUGUUGAAUAGGGGACCGGCGAGAAUUGAGCAAGAAUCAUAUGGAGAAAUGUUGGAUGAUUUAGCUCCACCAAAGAUGUUACCAAAUCACAACAAAAUGUUUCUUGCUGACUUGAGCAGGAGAAAAAUUCAUUAUGCACGAAGACAAGCUGAAGCAAAGAGAAAACAGAACCGGUCUAAGCAUUCCCUAGGACUUUAUGUUCUUGAUUUGGAACAUGCAACAGAAGAAAAGCCGUAUGUGACAUGGUUGACACCUAAAAGUUUCAACAAGGGUCCACAAGAAACCAUAUUGUAUACUCUAAUAGAAGGAAAUUCAGAAUUGAUUAUGUUUGGAGGUAUAGAAAGUGAUGGUGCAAAUAUUGGGGCUCUGAAUACUCCCAUUACUAAUUCUAUACAUAUUAUGUCCUGCAAUAUCAGUGUGAUAUGAUUUUCUUCAAUUCAGAGUAUGACCCUUCAUUUGGAUUUUUUUUCAAAUAUGAAUGUAAAAUAAUUGAAUAUAUUAAAACUCAGAGUACAACACAUA